AUGCUCCUAAUAUCAAUACUAUCGAUAGUCACCUUUCUUUGCUCCGCGCCCGUUUCUGCCUCGCGAGUAAUCAAAUCCAACUCUCUUGACCUAUGUACCGACAACAAGAACUUCACAGCUACAUUUUUCAAUGUAACCUUCACGCCUGACACCCGUCUCCUGUCUGUGGGCUUCAACGGCACGGUAGCUAUCUCCGGAAAUGUGGUGGCAGACCUUUCGUUGACGGCCUACGGCAAAGAGGUCAUCACGAAGACACUGGACCCGUGCAAAAUGAAGGAACAGCGCCUGUGUCCCAUGAACAUUGGCAAGCUAGAGAUUCCGGCGAUUCAGACGACUCUGCCACAGUCCGUCAUCAACGAUGUUCCGAACGUUGCAUAUACCGUGCCUGAUCUCGAUGCAUCUGUUCGCGUCUAUAUUAAUUCCACAGAUACGGGGGCCCCGAUUGCCUGCAUGGAAGCCAGCCUCUCAAAUAGUAAAUCUGUUCACCAACAAGCAGUGGGGUGGGUCAUAGCAUUGGUCAUCGGUCUGGGUCUGGUGUCGUCUGGGAUUGCAUCGAUGCUAGGAUAUUCACAGGCCGCAUUGCAUGUUGCAGCUAAAUCCCUUACACUGUUUGGCUUCGCGCAGUCUCAAGCCAUCCUCGGCAUGACCAGUGUCCACAUGCCCCCGAUCGUGGAGUCCUGGACGCAGAAUUUCCAGUGGAGCAUGGGCAUUAUGCAUCUAGGGUUCAUUCAGAAGAUUGCCAACUGGUAUCUCCGGGCCACAGGUGGUUCUUCGUCGACCUUGCUGUCUGACCUUGAAAAUACGUCGGUCAAUGUACUCAGGCGGAAGCGAUCGUUGGAUUUCGGCGCAGGAGCACUGAUGAAGAGAGAGUCGGGGGAAGGCGCAGCGCCCGAGGGAUCUAAGACUAUCUACGGCAUCGUGCGUGUUGGCUUCAAGGCCAGCAUUGAGCGGACUGAUAUUUUCAUGACGGGGUUUAUCUUCAUCAUGGUCUUUAUUGGAUUCACAAUGCUGAUCGUAGGAUUGGUCCGGCUUGUCUCUGGUCUUCUUGCAAAAUCCGGGAAAACGGACAGUGCAAAGAUGGACAGCAACACAUGGACAGUCACAAUGAAGGGCGUUCUGCUCCGUCUGAUCCUCAUGUGUUAUCCUGCUGUGUGCAUUCUCUGUCUCUGGGAGUUUGCCAGUCAUGAUUCCCCCGCCGAGGUAAUCCUCGCCGUUGUCAUGCUUCUGUCGACGACUGCUAUACUAGUCAUGGCAGCUGUACGCAUAAUACGCAAGGCAAGACGCUCGGUUGAGAUAUACAAGAGCCCAGCCUUUAUGCUACAGAACGACACUAUGUUCCUGAAUAAAUGGGGCUUCCUAUACGCACACCACCGCUCCCCGGCAUACUAUUUCAUCACCCUCAUGGUAGUGUACAUCUUCGUCAAGGGCGUCUUCGUUGCGUUAUGCCAGCCUUCGUCAUCCGUUCAGAUCGCAGCGCUGUUUGUUAUUGAAGUCCUCAUGCUAGUCGCAGUCUGCGUUAUUCGGCCAUGGAUGGACAAAAAGACCAAUAUCAUGAAUAUCAGCGUCACAUCCAUCAACUUCCUCAACACCCUCCUACUUCUGAUCUUCAACUUCCGCGAGCGCGAUAUGGCAACGAGUAUCCUGGGAGUUAUCCUAUUCGUCUACAAUGCCAUCCUUACCCUUAUCCUCAUCAUCGUCCUCUUGAUCGCUUCGAUCAUAGCCCUCGUGUCCAAAAACCCCGACAACAAGUACCAGGUGAUGAAAGACGACGGUUCCUCCAUCAUGUCCCGCACACACAUGACAGAAUUAGACGCUUUAGGUGCCGCAGCGCGAGGCUCCCCCGACCAAAACCUGAAGCAGAACCCCUUUUCUCACAACGAAGUCCCUCCAAACCACGCCGAUGGCCUCCAGCCCUCAGACCGGACAUCCCCAAACCAUAUGACCGGCGCAACCCAUUCGCCAUCUUCUCCACUUGACCCGUCCGUUCCUCUCUUCCCAUCCAGUGACACCCGGAGCGUAUCGCCCUACGAGUCUGGCGAUCAUACCCUUAGCCCAUCCGAAUACAGCCAGCCAGGUGUCUCGCCGGUCAAUCGGGGAUACAAUGUUUCGCCCAUUCGUACACCAUCUCCACACGCGUACAGGACAGCCAACAAUGCUAGUCCAUGGCAACGGGGAGCCGGGUACGAGCAUUAG